GCGUGUCACAACAGUAGCCUACAAACGAGGAAUAGGAGAGCGCUAACAUUUAAAGUCUGGUGUUCGGCUGAUGUGAAGCUGUUUUUCAUACUUUUACAAGUUUUUGUUAAGCUAUUCGAAACACGCGUGUAUGUAAGCACGCAUGCAUGUAUAAGUGAGUAUUAGUUAGCUGUAUCUGUGAUCAGCUGGACUGAUCAAUGACUGAGGGUGUGAACUGCUGCGAGUUGGAUAUCAACAGUUUCAAUGCAAACGAGUGUCGGAGGUGAUGAAGUAUCAGGGGCGAUGUUGCAGAGGAAGGAGUCAUUUUCUCUCCUCCCUACAUCAGAGAAGUGGCUCUUCAGAGGGAAGAAGAGGAAGCAGAGGAAGAGAGAUGUGGACUCACUCAGUCUGUGCAGUUUGGACAUCAAUGAGCCCAGCACCAAGCGGGUGAAGCCUCUGUCUCGAGUGACGUCGCUGGCGAGUCUCAUCCCUCCAGUUAAAGCUGCUCCACUCAAACGCAUCGGACAGACACUGCAGCGUUCCAUCAGUUUCCGCAGUGACUGCAGACCAGAGAUCAUGGCACCUCGGCCGUGGGGCCGGCAGAUCCCGCCAGCCAUCACCAAACGCCGCGACAGCAAGCUGUGGAGCGAGACAUUUGAUUUAGGCCUGGGUCAUAUGCUGUCCUCCAAAGAGAUCAAGAGACAAGAGGCCAUCUUUGAGCUGUCUCAGGGAGAACAGGACCUGAUUGAGGACUUGAAGCUGGCCAAGAAGGCGUAUCAUGACCCCAUGCUGAAGCUGUCGAUUAUGAUGGAACAUGAGCUCAAUCAAAUCUUCGGCACUCUGGACUCCCUCAUUCCACUGCAUGAAGAUUUGCUGAGUCGACUGCGAGAGGCCAGGAAGCCGGAUGGCUUGACCGAUAAUGUGGGCCAUAUUCUAGUAGACUGGCUGCCUUGUCUUGAAACCUACAACAGCUACUGCAGUAACCAGGUAGCAGCCAAAGCAUUGCUGGACCAUAAGAAACAGGACCAUCGGGUGCAUGACUUCCUCCAGCGCUGCCUGGAAUCACCCUUCAGCCGCAAACUGGACCUCUGGAACUUUCUGGACAUCCCACGCAGUCGACUGGUCAAAUACCCACUGCUGCUCCGAGAGAUCCUCAAACACACAGCCAAUGACCACCCCGACCGGCAACACCUGGAUGAAGCUAUUAACAUGAUCCAGAGCAUCGUGGCUGAUAUUAACACACAGACGGGCGAGUCGGAGUGCCGUUACUACAAGGAACGCUUGCUGUAUCUGGAAAGUGGCCAGAAAGAUAUAUUGAUCGACAGCUCGCGGAUCCUCAGCUGCCACGGAGAACUCAAGAACAACAGAGGAGCUAAGCUGCAUGUGUUCCUGUUUCAGGACGUGUUGGUCAUCACACGGGCCAUUACCCAGAAUGAGCAGCUGUGGUAUCAGCUUUACCGGCAGCCGAUCCCUGUGAAAGACCUGGAGUGGGAAGACCUGCAGGACGGAGAGAUGCGUCUGGGAGGCUCUAUCAGAGGAGCCUUCAGCAACCAUGAACGGACCAAGAACUUUUUCCGAGUGGUGUUUCGUAGUGGAGGACAACUGCAGUCGCACUCCUUCCAGGCCAGCGAUGCCUUCAACAAACAGCAGUGGCUCAACUGCAUUCGACAGGCCAAAGAAGCUGUGGUAUCUGCAGAAUCUGAACCUGCCCGCGAGUCGCAAGUGGACAGAGUGAGGCAAUGCGCACCACCUAGAGACUGUUUGGACUGCAGCAUGAUGGACACCACUGAGGCUAGCCUGGAUCUGAGCACUGAAUGCCCACAGACGUAAACGCCACCCCUGUGAAAGUGUGAACGCCACGCUGAGCAUAAACCUUCGCAAUUCUGCUUAACCAGCGAUCCUCUUCAGUAUUGUUACAGAAAUGCCGCUAUUCACAGGAAGCACUUCUCUGGAAUUGGCACUAUCUUUGUUUCUCAAAGUUCCUCAACUUAUAUGUUAUACUUGUGCCUUUCUUUUACUGUGCUGUCGUUUUGUUUCGGAAACUGACAGUUUGUCCACUGAAAAUCAAUGAGGGUGAGCUGUCUGCCAUUGCACAUCCUGUAACACUGGGCAUUCACAUCGCACUGCAACUUAAAUGCACCACUGUCUAUUCAAGAAAAUAGUCAAAUUGGUUUAUAGGUGAAAUGUUGUCAGGUGUUCAUUCAUUAACCACCAAAAAAAAUGACCAGCCGAAUGUUUUCACAACGAGGCAAUCAUAUUAUUUGUGUGCGGUGCUCUGAAGAAGGAACGUAUAAUUACACAUAUUCAUCUCAUAUGUCGUAGCACUGCUGGACUACAGCAUUUGUACAUCAGUGUCAGAGCCAGAAACAGCUGUUUUCUUGCUUAUCCAUAUAAGAGCAAGGAUGAAUAUUAAACGGGAGUCAUACUGAAGAACUGACAAGACAAAAAAAUUAAUUCUGUAAAGCACUUUGAUUUGAAAGAAGCUCAAUUCUGAAUUUUAUGGCAUUGGAGACAGCUUGAUUUAGAGUUAUUUCCUGAACCUGUGAUUGACAUUGUGGCAGAAAUAUCAAUUUUAUACACAUUCUUCUGUAGCAAGUAUUCUGUUGGACUACAGUGAAACACAUUACUCAAACUAAAUGUCUAUUGUGCCAUGUAGGUCAGCUAAAUCUUUAUCAUAGUGUUUUUGUGUGCUGUAAAGAAAACGACCUUUGCCAAAACGUGUUUGGUGGUUUUAAUUGUGUUCAGGUUUACUCACUAGACCUUGUGUUGUGUUGUCAGAUAUGCAACAUUCAGUUUAUAAAAACUAUCCAAAAAAGUCUUUUAUUCUGUUUCUUUUAGUAUUGUAUUGAAAUGUAUGAUGUAAGAUGUUUAUUUAUAGUUUGUUUUUCACCUGAUUUACUGCUUUGGUUGCUGUUUGAUUAAAAGGAAUCAGUUGGAUGGGAUUUAAGAGAGAAUUUAUGUUCUAGGAAUCAGAAAUGAUGAGAAAAGAAAGAGCACAGGGCCACAUGGAAGAGUUUGAAGGUCAUCUGGGGUGUAAAUGCUUGUUUAAUCAAUGGGAGAGAUUGACUGAUGGGCAGUGUGUAACAAAAGGAAGAAAAUCAAAUAAACAUUUUAGAAAACCUUA